CAGGCAAUGGACUUGAACAGAUAAUUCUCAUAACUGGGAAGCAUAAUUCAGUAAUUCAUUCAGCAAACAUUUUCUGAGCGCUUACAACAGAUGCCGUUCUAAGUGCUAGCAAAUGAGAGAGAUCUCUGAGCAUUCUGGUGGUGGUGAGAGAGAUGGACAUUGUUCAAAUAGUGAUAAUGCUGUUAAAAAAAUAAGAGAAUGGUGAUAUAGAGAGUGACUUUUGGGUUUUUAUUUUGUUUUAUUCUCAUUUAUUUUUUGCUCUUUCCCAAGGAAGGCAUUGGUAGUUGUUCAGCUGGUGGUUGGCAUUUCUUAAUCCCUACCUAAUUCUGUGGAAAAAUGUUGGUCAGAUAUAAGUUCUCUUGGAACUCCCUAGUGGUUGGAAUCGAAACUUGAACAUAACUUCAGAAGAAGAUUUGCUUCUUUAUUUCUGGUCUGCAUAUAUAUACCAAGGCCAUCAGAAUGUCGGGAGCCUCAGUGAAGGUGGCUGUUCGGGUGCGGCCCUUCAACUCUCGAGAGACCAGCAAGGAGUCCAAAUGCAUCAUCCAGAUGCAAGGCAACUCGACCAGUAUUAUUAACCCAAAGAACCCGAAGGAAGCUCCAAAGUCCUUCAGCUUUGACUACUCCUACUGGUCUCAUACCUCGCCCGAAGAUCCCUGUUUUGCAUCUCAAAACCGUGUGUACAAUGACAUUGGGAAGGAAAUGCUCUUGCACGCCUUUGAGGGAUACAACGUCUGUAUUUUUGCCUAUGGACAGACUGGUGCUGGAAAAUCUUAUACAAUGAUGGGUAAACAAGAAGAAAGCCAAGCUGGCAUCAUUCCACAGUUAUGUGAAGAACUAUUUGAGAAAAUCAAUGACAACUGUAAUGAAGAAAUGUCUUACUCUGUCGAGGUGAGCUACAUGGAAAUUUACUGUGAGAGAGUACGAGAUUUGCUGAAUCCAAAAAACAAGGGUAAUUUGCGUGUGCGUGAACAUCCACUUCUCGGACCGUAUGUGGAGGAUCUGUCAAAGCUGGCGGUCACUUCCUACACAGACAUCGCUGACCUCAUGGAUGCUGGGAACAAAGCCAGGACAGUGGCAGCUACCAACAUGAAUGAAACAAGUAGCCGCUCACAUGCUGUGUUUACCAUUGUUUUCACCCAGAAGAAACAGGACAGUGAGACCAACCUUUCCACCGAGAAGGUCAGUAAAGUCAGCUUGGUGGAUCUAGCGGGAAGUGAACGGGCUGAUUCAACUGGUGCGAAAGGGACUCGAUUAAAGGAAGGAGCAAAUAUUAAUAAGUCUCUUACGACUUUGGGCAAAGUCAUUUCAGCCUUGGCAGAGGUGAGUAAGAAGAAGAAGAAAACUGAUUUUAUUCCAUACAGGGAUUCUGUACUUACUUGGCUCCUUCGGGAAAAUCUAGGUGGCAAUUCCCGGACUGCAAUGGUUGCUGCUCUGAGCCCAGCAGAUAUCAACUAUGAUGAAACUUUGAGCACUCUAAGAUAUGCUGAUCGUGCAAAACAAAUUAAAUGCAAUGCUGUUAUCAACGAGGACCCCAAUGCCAAACUGGUUCGUGAAUUAAAGGAGGAGGUGACACGACUGAAGGACCUUCUUCGUGCUCAGGGGCUGGGAGAUAUUAUUGAUACAUCCAUCGGGUCGCUUACUUCAUCUCCAUCUUCCUGCUCACUCAAUAGUCAGGUGGGCUUAACAUCUGUGACCAGUAUUCAGGAGAGGAUCAUGUCUACACCUGGAGGAGAGGAAGCCAUCGAGCGCUUAAAGGAAUCAGAGAAGAUCAUUGCUGAGUUGAAUGAAACUUGGGAAGAGAAGCUGCGUAAAACAGAGGCCAUCAGAAUGGAGAGGGAGGCCUUGUUGGCUGAGAUGGGAGUUGCCAUUCGGGAAGAUGGAGGAACCCUGGGGGUCUUCUCACCUAAAAAGACCCCACAUCUUGUUAACCUCAAUGAAGACCCACUGAUGUCCGAAUGCCUGCUUUAUUACAUCAAAGAUGGAAUUACAAGGGUUGGCCAAGCAGAUGCUGAGCGGCGCCAGGACAUAGUGCUGAGUGGGGCGCACAUUAAAGAAGAGCAUUGUAUCUUCCGGAGUGAGAGAAACAACAGUGGUGAAGUUAUUGUGACACUAGAGCCCUGCGAACGCUCAGAAACCUAUGUAAAUGGCAAGAGGGUGGCUCAGCCUGUCCAGCUGCGCUCAGGAAACCGUAUCAUCAUGGGUAAAAACCAUGUUUUUCGCUUUAACCACCCGGAGCAAGCACGGGCUGAGCGGGAGAAGACUCCUUCUGCCGAGACCCCCUCCGAGCCUGUGGACUGGACGUUUGCCCAGAGAGAGCUUCUGGAAAAGCAAGGCAUUGAUAUGAAACAGGAGAUGGAGAAAAGGCUACAGGAAAUGGAGAUCCUGUACAAAAAGGAGAAAGAAGAAGCAGAUCUUCUCUUGGAGCAGCAGAGACUGGAUUAUGAGAGUAAAUUGCAGGCCUUGCAGAAGCAAGUUGAGACUCGAUCCCUCACUGCAGAAACAACUGAAGAGGAAGAAGAGGAGGAGGAAGUUCCUUGGACACAGCAUGAAUUUGAGUUGGCCCAGUGGGCCUUCCGGAAAUGGAAGUCUCACCAGUUCACUUCAUUAAGGGACUUACUCUGGGGCAAUGCUGUUUAUCUGAAGGAGGCCAGUGCCAUCAGUGUGGAAUUGAAGAAGAAGGUACAGUUUCAGUUUGUUCUGUUGACCGACACACUGUACUCCCCGUUGCCUCCUGAGUUACUUCCCACUGAGGUGGAGAAAACUCUUGAAGAUAGACCUUUCCCUCGUACGGUGGUAGCAGUAGAGGUCCAGGAUCUGAAGAACGGAGCAACACAUUAUUGGUCUCUGGAGAAACUCAAGCAGAGGCUGGAUUUGAUGCGAGAGAUGUAUGACAGGGCAGGGGAGAUGGCCUCCAAUGCCCAAGAUGAGAGUGAAACCCCUAUGACUGGCAAUGAUCCAUUUUAUGAUCGGUUCCAUUGGUUCAAACUUGUAGGAAGGGCAUUUGUUUACCUGAGCAAUCUGCUGUAUCCAGUGCCCCUGAUCCACAGGGUGGCCAUUGUCAGUGAGAAGGGUGAAGUGCGGGGAUUUCUGCGUGUGGCUGUACAGGCCAUUGCAGCGGAUGAAGAAGCUCCUGAUUAUGGCUCUGGAAUUCGACAGUCAGGAACAGCUAAGAUAUCUUUUGAUAACGAGUACUUUAAUCAGAGUGAUUUUUCUUCAGUUGCAAUGACUCGUUCUGGUCUUUCCUUGGAGGAGCUGAGAAUUGUGGAAGGACAAGGUCAGAGUUCUGACGUCAUCACUCCCCCAGAAGAAAUCAAUCGAAUGAAUGACUUGGAUUUGAAGUCAAGCACUUUGCUGGAUGGUAAGAUGGUCAUGGAAGGGUUUUCUGAAGAGAUUGGCAAUCACCUGAAACUGGGCAGUGCCUUCACUUUCCGUGUAACGGUGUUGCAGGCCAGUGGAAUCCUCCCAGAGUAUGCAGACAUCUUUUGCCAGUUCAACUUUUUACAUCGUCAUGACGAAGCGUUUUCCACCGAACCCCUCAAAAACAAUGGCAGAGGAAGUCCUCUGGGGUUUUAUCAUGUGCAGAAUAUUGCAGUGGAGGUCACAGAAUCGUUUGUUGAGUACAUCAAAAGCAAGCCCAUCGUCUUUGAGGUCUUUGGGCAUUAUCAGCAGCAUCCCCUUCACCUGCAGGGACAGGAGCUUAACAGUCCACCUCAGCCAUCUCGAAGGUUCUUCCCUCCACCCAUGCCACUCUCCAAACCAGUUCCAGCCACCAAGUUAAACACCAUGAGCAAAACCAGCCUUGGCCAGAGCAUGAGCAAAUAUGACCUUCUGGUUUGGUUUGAGAUCAGUGAACUGGAGCCUACAGGAGAGUAUAUCCCAGCUGUGGUUGACCAUACCGCAGGCCUGCCCUGCCAGGGGACGUUUUUGCUUCACCAGGGCAUCCAGCGAAGGAUCACAGUGACCAUCAUCCAUGAGAAGGGGAGUGAGCUCCACUGGAAAGAUGUUCGUGAGCUGGUGGUCGGCCGGAUUAGGAAUAAGCCUGAGGUGGAUGAAGCUGCAGUUGAUGCCAUCCUCUCCCUAAAUAUUAUCUCUGCCAAGUCCCUGAAGUCAUCCCACAACUCUAGCAGGACCUUUUACCGUUUUGAGGCCGUGUGGGACAGCUCCCUACAUAACUCCCUCCUCCUCAACCGAGUGACACCUUAUGGAGAAAAGAUCUACAUGACUUUGUCGGCCUACCUAGAGCUGGAUCACUGCAUUCAGCCAGCUGUCAUUACCAAGGAUGUCUGCAUGGUCUUCUACUCCCGAGACGCCAAGAUCUCACCACCACGCUCUCUGCGCAGCCUCUUUGGCAGUGGCUACUCGAAGUCCCCUGACUCCAAUCGAGUCACUGGAAUUUAUGAACUCAGUUUAUGCAAGAUGGCAGACACGGGUAGUCCAGGCAUGCAAAGGAGGAGGAGGAAAAUCUUGGAUACAUCAGUGGCAUACGUGCGGGGAGAAGAGAACCUAGCGGGGUGGCGGCCCCGCGGAGACAGCCUCAUCCUUGAGCAUCAGUGGGAGUUAGAAAAGCUGGAGCUCCUCCAUGAGGUGGAGAAAACUCGGCACUUCCUUCUACUGCGUGAGCGACUUGGUGACAGCAUCCCCAAAUCCCUGAGUGAUUCGCUCUCUCCCAGCCUCAGCAGUGGGACCCUCAGCACCUCCACCAGCAUCUCCUCUCAGAUCUCAACCACCACCUUUGAAAGUGCCAUCACACCCAGUGAGAGCAGUGGCUAUGACUCAGCAGACAUUGAAAGCCUAGUGGACCGAGAGAAAGAGCUGGCAACCAAGUGCCUGCAACUUCUCACCCACACUUUCAACCGAGAAUUCAACCAGGUGCACGGCAGCAUCAGUGAUGGCAAGUUGUCUGAUAUCUCUCCAAUUGGACGGGAUCCCUCUGAGUCUAGUUUCAGCAGUGCUACCCUCACUCCCUCAUCCACCUGCCCCUCUCUGGUUGACUUGAGGAGCAACUCCUCAGAUCAGAAGACACUAGAAGCCAAUUCCCGAGCCUCUAGUCCCUGCCUGGAAUUUGAACAGUUUCAGAUUGUCCCAACUGUGGAAACACCCUAUUUGGCCCGAGCGGGAAAAAAUGAAUUUCUCAAUCUUGUUCCAGAUAUUGAAGAAAUUAGACCUGGCUCAGUGGUCUCUAAGAAAGGAUACCUGAAUUUCAAGGAGCCACAUUCCAGCAACUGGGCUAAACAUUUUGUUGUGGUCCGUCGCCCAUACGUCUUCAUCUAUAACAGUGACAAAGACCCAGUGGAGCGUGGAAUCAUUAACCUGUCCACAGCACAGGUGGAAUACAGCGAGGACCAGCAGGCCAUGGUGAAGACACCUAACACUUUUGCCGUGUGCACAAAGCACCGUGGGGUCCUCCUGCAGGCUCUCAAUGACAAGGACAUGAACGACUGGUUAUAUGCCUUUAACCCACUCCUUGCUGGCACGAUACGGUCAAAACUCUCCCGCAGACGCACGAGCCAGCUGAAAUACUGACUCUGCUGCGGCCCUCAGUCGCCUUCCGAGACAUAAAGAAAGUGUUACCUCUCAUUGUUUUUGUGAUUCGUGACAGUUGCUCUUGUAUGUAACCCUGUGGCUGAACUACUCUCCCUCCUCGUCCAGCACUUUUUCUAGCUCUCCUGUCCCCCAUCUCCAUUGCUCUGUACUCCUUUCUUUUUUCCUGUGGUGAGAAUCUUGUUAGUAGCAUGUGGCCUAACCAAAAAAAAAAAAAAAAACAGAAGGGGAUCCAGUGAAUCUUCAAAUUACUUUGGUGUAUUUUGACUUCCUUUUGUAUGAUAGGUCCCCAUUAUAACCACCUCUGGUGUCUGUACUGCUGUCUUGGGAUAUCUUUGUCUGUCUUUUAAAGACAACUACAUAAUAAUCUUUUUCUUUUCUCUUGUUUGUGAUGGUGAUUUCAUUUUAAUUUUCCUUGGGUGGCUUAGAGACGAAAGGAGGAGACAUCUGACCUUUUUAGAAACUGAGAGGAAAAAAAACCCUCUGUCCCUUUUUGUCCUGGCUAAUCCCUGCAUUUCCUUUCAGGGAAAAGCUGUGCUGAGCUUAGAAAUGGGACAGUUAUCUUCUCUGAGCUGAAAUUCGGGCUCAUUUAGAACGUGGUUAUGGAAUUUUCAUUUAGUGCAAGUGAGAGGCGAAGACCUCUUAGUGCCUGGGAACAGUGGCUGUUCUUGACCCUGUAAGAUGGGAAGAGCCAAGAGCAUUGCUGGUUAUUUCAAAAGGACCACAGAAUUUGGCACUGAGGCAUGAGGGCAGGCAGUUAGUAGGAUGCUUACAGUUCAUCACAGAUUCCUCUAAACUGUGUCUCUCUCGUCUCUGUAUUCAGAGGGAGGCUCUUUUAACGGAGUUUCUAAAUUCUGCCCUCAGCAUUCGGGAUGGUGGUCGUGGUUUGAAAUUGGUGCAGUGUCAUACACGAAUAUCCCACAAGAGGGCAGUGUUUCACUUGCUGGUGAUGAACUUAAUGGUCAUUGUCUUAAUUAUAUAAUGCUGAGUAGGGACUUUGUGAUUGUUGGAGCUCACUAAGAUCAAAGAAGCAUAGCUUUCAAGUAUAAACUUGGAAGUCUCACUCGGAAUCCAGUGGUCAGUGAUGCUUGUCAAAGGACAAUAAGCAGUCUCCCUGUACUCAUAAAUAAACAUGGUAGGCAGGCUCUGCUUUAUGGAUCUCAGAAAUAAAGCCAACCCCCUACAACCACUUUAAAAAAAAAGGAAAGCAUCUGGAGGCACAGAAGAGGCCCACCUGAGCCCUGGCCCUGGUAUCAGGUGUUUAGUUUCUGCUUGCACCCCUCCUGUCUCUCCUGCGUUACCCUUCUCCUCUCCAUGAGUGUGGAAGUAUUGCCAGAAGAGAAAGGAAGAAGCUCACUGCUGACAGUGUCUUCUUCUCUGACAGGCCAGGUCAUCUGGCUUCCAGAGGCCACUGGGGAAGAUACUUUUUCUCUCAGCUGCCAGUAAAUUCUACAGGAAGGACAUAGAGGAGAGGCCUUCAGGUUCUUCAGUUACUUUGCCAGCCUUUACCUCCCUUGUUUAUACCAUCCUUUACCUUCCUUAACUGGGUUUGGUUUACCUUCCUUGCUCGAACCUCUCUGUUUCACCAUCCUUUAGACAUUUAGGAAAGUACCCAUGUGCCCACUUAGUGGAGGACCAGGGCUUCUCAGCCUUGAGGCUACUGACUCUCAGGUGAUGGGAAACGGGAUGAUUUUCCACUCAGGCAGCAGAGGCCAUGGGCGUGUGCCCUGCAGAGUAGCUGCUAGGGAAGCUCCUCACCACCCAGACCCUAGCUUCUAACCUCCUGGUGGGCUAGUCUCUGCAGAACAGGUCUCCCAGCUUCACUCCUUAUGACCGCCUUGCAAAGAAGAGAAAAAGUGAAUCACGGAGAGCUUAGCAACAGAAAGGGUAGAUGCCACAUGCUGACCUGAUGGGAAAGUAAUGAGUAAAAACUCUGUGGGGAAUUUUUUUUUAACUUUCUUCCUUUCUUUAAAUUAUAGGUCACUAAUUUUUUUUUUUUUAACUGUAAUAUUAUUUGUUUUCCAAGCAGUGUGAGAUUUUUAAUGUAGUUAGAGGGUUCUUCAUUGUCUAAUGGACACAAUAUGCUCUUCUGGUGUAUAUCAAACCAGGAUCUGUCGGUGCUUAGAGACAGCUUCCUGGGCUGAAUUAAAUCUAAUUUCAGGGAAAUGAAGAUGAAAUUGGAAGGUUACUUUUCAAAUGAAAUGACAGAUGCUGCUGCUGUUAUGAAGUCUAGUAGAAGGAUACGUGUCUGUGGCAAGGGGAGCUGGAGAAGGCUGAGAGAGUAAAACCAUGUGAUACACUGAAAUGAUUUUGGGUUUGUCUUCUAACUCAAUACUGGCUUAGAAAGUCUUUGCUUUGAAGGUGUCGGAUAUUAGAACGAGCCAGACUGAACUGUCUGUAAUGUGCCCGGAGAAGGCUUGUUACAAAGCAGAGGUGGCGGCAGGACAUGAGUGUCCCACAGGGGCACUGGGACAGGUAUGAGCAAUCUCUGUGCAGCAGACAGGUACAAACAGCCCCUGUUGGCGCCCCUCGUCCUUUAGGGGCCCGUUUUUAGACUGAAGUUGAAACAGUUUCAGAAUUGAUGUGGCGUCUCUAUGCCAGGCCAUUCCCACUUUGAAGCUGUCAGAGAGGGUCUGUGGCAGGAAGUUUAGCUGUGGCCAUAGACUAGGCAGGAAAGUUAAAUUUCCUUUAAAGGUGGUUUCAUAUUUAUUUGUGCCUAAAACGGGGAAAAUAUUAAAAAGCAGGAAAGAAAACUCUCACAUAAAUUAAGAGGAAAGAGUGUUAGCUAUAAAACUUCAUCCCUUUCUCCCUUGAAUUCCCCCAGCCCUCCUUUCUCCUGCCCAAGAACAGCAGGGCUUUAUACCACAGCCUCCUGUCUCUGUGCACCAGCCUGGGAGUCAGUCAGCCCUCAGGCCAGGACUGUGCGUGGGGCCAGCCAGCCCACACACACAGUCAGGCACACAGUCAGGCACGGGGACGCCCGCUCUGGCAGCUGGCCGGGCCCCAGAUGUCAAUGCUCUUUUACGAGUGGUUUCCCAACCAAGAAAUCAGUGUCAUUUUUGGGUUUUUUUUGCUUGUUUUUUGUUUUUUCCUUUAGCUACAUAGAACUUACAUAACUACUCAUGUUUUACAUGGAUUCUUCAGCUCUUUUUAGAUUACAGAAUAAAUUAAAUCAUUACGAAAAGUCUUGUUGGUUUUAAAAGUAUGAUGACUUUUCCUGGCACAUAUUUCAAAGCAAAGACUUUGUCGAGUGCUGCUUGUCACCUAACUUACAGGGAUAUUUAAUUUUGUAAGGUGUAUGUAUAUUUAUACAGCUAUAAUUAAUUGCACAUUGGACUGGAAAAGACAGGAUUCUUUUGUGUGUAACCCCUGUCGGUACUCUGCAUUUCCCUCAGGCUGUAUUCCACUCAGGCUCUCCUGUACGGUAUCAGGGGCCAUUUGUCUGUCUGUCUGAUUUGGGUCCUUCAUUUUUCUUUUCAGUUCCAUUUUAAAAAAGUGAUCGUUAACCUGCUCCUUAAAAAGAAAAGACUAAUUCUGCUGCUGCUCUCAGCAGGUUUGCUGAAUGUCUGUUAAAUAGAACUCUAACAUGUGUGCACUGCAGCUGUCCACUGUGGCUGAUGGGAUCCACCGGAGGAUGUGGCCAGCCCGUGACUAUAUGUAGCAGGAACGUCUUCCUUAGUGCUUCCUUAGUAAAUUGAAAUAUCAGCCGAGAGAUUAUUUGUUGUUCAAAAGGCCAUUUAUGAAUUAGUACUUGAGCCCUAUGAAAUUGGAGGAAAGCUUUCAAUCAUGUAAAGAGGAGAUUAUAAUUGGUGUAAAAUUCAUGUUAAAAACCCACAGCCACGUGGCUGUGCUCAGAUGGAAAGUCCGAGCUGAGGUUGGUCUCUUGCCAAACUCUGGCUGUCGUGUGUUGUUUUUCAUGUCUCAGAGAUCUUUUUUUUUUCUUUUUUUCAUGCUGUGUAUUCUGGCAUCAUUGACUGAGGAACCCACAGCCUUCUCACAUUUAGGGUGUUGUCUUAGACUCUGUGGCUCUAAAGUACUUGUUCGUUGAGUCACGUCUCUUGUUGCCAUCCUCAUACACUACAACAAAACCCAUGACGCAUAAGUGGCCUUUUUGAACCAAGACUUUGCAAACUGAUCUCUCCCCCAGUGAAGGAGGUGAGCACAUUAGCAACAAUGUACACUAUUAAUUUUGGAUUUUCAUUUUCAUGUUUUAUUUUGUAAAUAUCUGAUGUUUGGAGCUUGAGUAUACAGAAUGUAAAUAUAGUUCUUGUAUUUGUACUAAUUCUGGUUCUUUUGCUGUAUAGCCUUAGGUGUGCAAUGCAGACAUUAUCUAACUGUGUAUGGUAACCUAGCAUCACAGAACUGUUAGUGAACGAGGUAAAAACAAUAAAGGUACAGCCAGUGCAUCCAA